AUGAUGACUAUCAUCGCAGUCGCUGGUGGCACAGGCGGCGUGGGAAAGACCCUUGUGGAAAGACUGUCGCAAGACUCGAACUUCCAGGUCCUGGUCUUGUCGCGCAGUCAAGAUGGUGUUCAUGAAGGAGUCCAAUAUGUAAAGAUCGACUACAGCGACAUCCCUUCAAUGACCACGGAGCUGGAGCGCCACAACGCGCACACCGUCAUCUCCGCGAUCGGCCUUGUCUCCAAUGAGACCAGCCAAUCCCAGCUGAACCUAAUUGAAGCAGCUGAAAAGUCCAGCGUAACAGAGCGUUUCAUUCCAAGCGAGUAUUCGUUUGUUCAGACACCCGACCUACUUCCUGUGGAUCCGAGUAUCCAGUACUGGCUCGACGCAGCAGAUCGGUUGAAAGCCAGUGCGCUGAAAUAUACCCGCGUGAUUCCGGGCUUCUUCAUGGACUAUUGGGGUAUGCCACACGCGGAAACAAAUCUCCAGCCGUACACCUUUGGCAUUGAUAUCGCCGGUGGCGUAGCUGCUAUACCCGGGGACGGCAAAGAUGUGAUUUGUAUGACAUACACACGCGAUCUGGCCAGCUAUAUGGUAAAAAUGCUUGACCUCGAUGAAUGGCCUGAAUUUAGCGUCUUUGUGGGUGAUGAAGUUACAUACAACGGGCUUUUGAGCCUGGCGGAGGAAAUUACUGGCAAAAAGUUCCAGGUAACCUACGACAGUCUCGAUCAGGUCCACGCGGGAAAUGUCACCGUCCCGCCCAUGCCCAGUGACAUGGGAUCACCAGAAGAGAUGAAAGAAAUUACAGCAUUGGUGAGCCGGCUUGUAGUGGCUGGGGUGUUUGAUCUGCCUAAAGAGAACCGAUUGAGCGAUCGUUUCCCUGAAGUGCGGCCUAUGAAGAUGAGGGAAUUCCUGGAGAAAUGUUGGGCGGAAAACCAAAAAUAG